AAGCCGGGCAUCUGAUUAUCUGAUUGAUAAAAAGAAUAAACAGUUCGUCGGUGUGUUCUCCGCGGCGUUAGGCGCCAUUCUGCAGGCUGGAGAAACUGCAAAACUAACUUCUAAACUCCGUCCAGCAACCCCCUUCCCCAAACUUUGCCUCCGUCCAGACGAGCACUCCAGGUCCACAUCCACCGGCACGCACAUUCGACGGAAGCAGCGAUAGACAAACACUCGGAAACUAUUCUAUUAUCAGGCAUGAAAUGAGUCGGCCAAAAAGUAAUCUGUCCACCGACCCUCCGCCUCCUUCUGGCAAUCCUUCCUCUCUCGCUGCCCUUCUCCACCCCGCCUCGCCGCCUCCGACCAACACACAGUCUUCUCCGGAUGAGUCCACAACGGAUAGCAAACCCGUCCGCAAGCGCAGGCGUCUGCCUGUUGUAUGUGCGAUCUGCCGUCAAAGAAAGCUCAAGUGUGAUCGAAACCAGCCCUGCUCAGCUUGCGUCGUCCACAAUACCGUCGCUCUAUGCACCUAUGUAGCUAGACCAUGGGCAGCUGAUCAUAUCGUUUACAAGCCAAAGAAACGAUCUUCGACGGCAACCGCUUCACCGGGACUAGCUACUGAAACAGGUGCUCCUGGUUCUCAGACACAGGCCACUCUUCCUCCUAUCGCCCCUAAGCCUCUCGGUUAUAUCUCUGCUCCUAUCUCUAUUCCUCCUCCGGCAGAUGGCCUGUCUUCUCGAGGUAUGCAGCCUGUGUUUGCCUCGCCAACGAGACCAAACUCAUCGACGCUCACAGAAGUGGGAACAACCGCGCCCACCGUCGCGCCUCACCCUCCUCCUCUCUAUUCCUCUGCACCCAAUACAGUCCAUGCUACGCCGGUUGUCCCUCUGUCUGACCCACGAGCUACGCCAGAAUAUACUCAGCUCCAAAUGAGAAUGGAACGCAUGGAGAAAAUGUUAAAUCAGCUAUCGCGCUCUGGCGUUGCUAUCCCGGGAAUGGACACCCUCAUCAAUGAUUCUCAAUCGCAACCACCGCAACAGCAGCCACAACUCCAACAGUCACAAGCACAAGCACAACCUCAGCAACCUCCACAGCAACAAUUGCAGCAACAACAAUUGCAGCAGCAACAGCUACAGCAGCAACUCCAGCAACAGCAACAGCAACAACAGCAGCACCAAGGGUCCGCGCCGGUGCCACUAUCUGCUAUGGAUAUGCGUGUACUGCUUCCGGAAAUGAGCAUCAAGAAAAAUAGACUGAUCUAUUUCGGCCCUCUCUCAGGUGUGGCGGCGAUUCGUGAGGAUGAGUUCAUAAAGGUGUUUCUUGACAAAGUCGACAAAGCCAAGAAGCUCAUUUCCAGCAAGCAGCCAAACUUACCUGCAGCUGCAGCUCACAAAAAGAAGAAGACUAUUCCUGCUAGUGGUCCUCAGAAAGGGCACACAUCGCACGAUACAGCGAUCCAAAGUCUCACGUACAUUCCCGAUGAUAAGAAGGCGUACGUGGAUGAGAUUUUCAACGUGCGUGCGGAUCCGGUAGACCUCUUUCCAAGGCUUGAGCUGCGUCCGAUUUGUGAAUUUCUGAUCGACAGGUUUUUCCAGUCUACAAAUCUCAUGUUUCCUGUCGUCAAUCCCGCUGUUUUCCGAUCUGAUAUGACAAAGUACUGGAAAGCAAAAUCGCUAGCUAUCCACGAACGCGACACUGAGGGAAAAAGGGAUGCAAAGCCUUUCUGGAUGUCUACGCGUAAGAACGACAUGAGAGGUGCUGCUCUGUUUGCUGUGAUGCUUCGCCUAGGUAGGCUUUGUCUUCCUCCAGAAUGGAAGCCUUCUGACGCCGGCUUUGAUGACUCACAUGCUGUCCUAUUUGGUCCGCGACUCCAGGCCUUUGUUUGGUCUUGUUUGAGAGAGACGAACUAUAUGGGCAAGCCCAAUCUUCUCGUCGCACAGGUCUUGAUCUGCAUUCGUAUCCAUCAGAUUGUCGCUCCGGAAGAUGGUGAUGGAUCUGAUGGCUCUGACGCUGCGGGAUUCUUGGGUAUGCUCUGCCAAGUCGGUAUGAGUAUGGGUCUUCAUCGUGAUCCCUCACAAUUUCCCGGUAUGCCUCAUAAUGUCGCAGAUCUGUGGCGGAUGUUGUGGUCGCAGAUGGUGAUUCUCGACACCUAUCGGUCGCAGGACCUGACCCUUCCAUUCUCCAUCCCUUUGGAAAUGUGUGAUACUUCUCUCACCGCAAUCAGGAACUUUAGCGACUCGGUGUCACAAUAUGAGCAUAUCUCUACGCCGUUUAUUCAUGCGCAUAUUGAGUGGGCUCUACUUGCGCGCGGUAUCCUUGGCAGACUGAUGCGUCCAGGAUUUGUUCUCUCCUACGAAGAAUUUGAUCAGAUGAUGUCGAAAAUGAACGAUUUUGAAGAGUCAUAUCUCAGUUCAUUCCAGUCUCUCAUCUCCUUCAUACAAGUUGACGCAGCAAUGUCAGGUCCUCAGGAUUCAUACAAUCUCAUGCAGAAGUUCUUGAUCCAGCUGCUGUUCCUACGUCUUCAGUUGUCUCUUCUGCGGUCGUUCGCGCCGAAGAACAUAGAAUCGGCGGAGCAAUUCAGACGUGCUAGACUACGUUGUGCUCUCAAGAUGCUUGAUACAAUGGCUACCUGUCUGAAUCAUACACGCUUGUUUAAUGGCUUUGAAUGGCUGCUUGUUCCAUUCUCUCUCCGAAAUUUCCUCUACCCCGUCGCACUCGUUUUGAAUGGCAUUCUCAAAGCUUACUAUGCCAACCCGGCUGGAGCCGUGAUCCCUCCGGUGCCUCCUGGGAGUUCAAAGGAGGACGAUUCGAAAGACGAGAGAUGGCUCUAUCCGGAUAUGGCCUUCCAGUAUGAUGAUCGCACUGUGUGUGAUAUUCAUCGACUAUAUCAGGCUUUCGUGAAGACAUACGCAUGGAUCAAAAAGCUCUCCAGUACCUAUUACGGUGCGUAUAAGCCGGGACUCGUUGUCCGUGUCUUGGUCGAUUAUGCUCGACACGAGGUUGUUGGGGGUGCUGAAAGGCUGCAACAGAAGAUGCAGCAAGAAAAAGAAGUACUGCAGCAAAAGCUACAGCAACAGGAACAACAUCAGCAACAGCAACAGCAACAGCAGCAGCAGCAAUUGCAACAGCAACAGCAACAACAACAACAGCAGCAAAUCCAUAAUUACAUGACUUAUGGUCACCAGCUUUCUCAAGCCUACUCGAAUAAUGAUGCCGUACCAUCAUAUGUCUCACAAGAUUCACAUGCUCAGCAGCAACAUCAAGCGCAGACCUCACAAAAUGUAGCGGCUGUUGAUGAUGCCCUUAUGUUUGGCGACGAUCUCGCCGCAAGUUUGGCGAUGUUUGAAUCAAAUGAUUAUAUGGGAGGUGCUUCUAUUCAAGGGUGGGGUUUCGAUAGUCGCGACGCUGGCGUUGCGGCCUCGCAGCCGGUGGAUGCAAGUCAGGAUGGCGAUCAGCCUGGAAUUGGACUUGAGUCGGAAAGGUUUCUUUAUACAGGAUUUGGUGCAGCAAACGCUUAUGUGUAAAUGCGGAUGUAAAUAUUGUUAUUUAUCAGAAUGGUGUUACGUUAAAGAAUAUUUAGACAAUAGAAUUAGACAUUAUGUC